CUAAUUAAAAAUAAUGAAAGUAAACAACAUAUACUUUAUGUUGAAUUAUUAAAAAAAAGCAAAAAAAAAACUUACAAAGCAUAUCAAAUCUUUUUCAGUAUCAGAAAAAACUGCUAACAACAUGACUUAUGAAAAAAUGAUAUACAAAGCUCGGGAAUCACUGAAGGCAAGAUUUGAAGUAUUAACUGACUAUGCCAUCUCUGAAAGUGAUAUGUCUAUCUUGGAUCAGUUUACUUGUCCUGAUGACAUAAAACUUUGUGAUAUUGAGGAAUUUGAAGGAAAAACAGAAAUAUACAUUGGGAAAGGAAACAGAACAUCAGAGGACCGAUUGGCUCUUGCGAUGUUAUUAAAAGAUUUCACAUCACAAAACAAAGAUGAAUCCAAAGCUGUAAUUCUGAAGAAAAAAAUUGCGGCAGUCAAAAACAUUGUGGUGUAUUUGCCCAGCAAGUUUCUCUAUAGUGGUGUAGAAAUUUUGGAAAUGCCAGGAACAGAUGAAUCCGAUCCACUGGCAAUGAGCUUUAUACAAGAUGCAUUAGACAAUGUGGAUGCAGUGAUUCUCCUGUCAGAAUAUGCAUUUUCUAUAACUGCAGAAGAAGUAAAAGAUACCCUCAAAAACAGCAAAUUCAUAAAGAAAUGGCUACAAGAUUCACAAAGUUACAAAUUGCUGUUUCUUUCCUAUCCAGAGAAGGAUCAAAACUGUAAGUUUGGGGCAAAUGAUGAAGAAAAACUGAAGAAACUGACAUUGCAAGAUAAGAGGAAAAAAAAGGAGGAAAUGAAAAUACUUAGUAAACUUAUAGCUCCAAGUUUGUUGUCAUCACAUAUGAAAGAUAAUAUUGUCUCCUCAUAUGUAUUACCAGUUUUGCAUACUUCAAUUCAUGCACAAGAGGGGAUGACAGAGGAAAUCAUUUCGAGAAAUAACAUUUUUUUAAAGCAUACUGGAAUCAAUGAAUUAUUCCUUAAGAUUGAUGAAUUUGUUGUACAUAAGCACCAAUCACUUACAGAAGAGCUUGAAAAAAACCUGAGUGAUCUACAAACCAGACAAGAUAGUGAAGUGGGCAUUACACAAGAAACGAGUGAUGGGAUUGCCUCACAAAAUAUAGACUUUACACAUGAAUCUAAUUUCUUAAAGCAAAAUGAAGUUAUUUUAAAAGAACUUAAAAAAGAGCAUAAGGAUCUAAUAACUGCCACCGUCAAUGGACCGCUAAAAGAACUGUUAUCAAGAACUGCCCAAAAUGCUAUCCGAAGAUGGAAAGAAGUUGAGAGCAAAGUGACUGAUGUAUGUUUAUUCAAUCCUCAAUAUAAUGGGAAGCAUCCUGCAUACAAGGAGAAAAUGUACAAUUUAUUGUUUGAUGACAUUGAUGGAAAAAUAUCACCAAUUUUUGAUGAACUUUUCCACAGACUUACCACAAUAUUUGAACAGUACAAGGAAAAGGCAAUUAAGCUAUUUAAAAAAGAACUAUAUGGAAAAAGAGGAGCACGUGUUGCAAACUUUGAAAGGUCCCUGGAAUAUGCCUUGGAUUGGCAUUUGGGAACGAGAAGAUCGUCAUUAAAGAGUACUUUAAAAAAAUCUUUUGAAAAGAGUUGUAAGGAUAGUUUGACAAAGCAUAUAUUGGAACCAGCUUACAAAACAAGUAUUGAAAAAGCAAAACACGAAAUGACUGGACAAAUUCAGAAAGUUUUAUCGGAUGUGGAGAGUUCUUUUCUGGAUAACACCAUAUCCCUUUAUGAUGAACGGUGGCCUGCUAACCUUUCCAAAUUCAUGGUUCGUGCCUGCAUUCCAUUGAAAUCUUUUCGUCUUUUACAACCUGGGUGCACUUUUUGUGGAGAAAUUAAAUGUUCUGUUUGCACAUAUAUGAAGAGCACUUCUAGUUUUAAAAGCAGCAUUACUAAUAAGGUUUAUGAAAUCAAAGACAGUUUAAGCUGUCUGAGCAAAAAUGCUAUAUAUCUAAUUACAUGUGAAAAAUGCGGGAAGCAAUAUGUUGGAGAAACUACACAAUCUGUCCGCCGCAGAUUUGUUGACCACUUAUCGACUAUAAAUUGUAAAAAGGAUUUGGCUGUUCCUCAGCAUUUUUGCCAGGAUGACCAUUCUACCAGUGAUGUUUCACUUGCUAUAAUCGAGCAAGUAAAAAAUAAAGAAGAUAUCCUGAUAAGAGAAUCUUAUUGGAUUCAAGAGUUAAAGACACAAAAACCAUAUGGCUUAAAUAGUAAAGUUUAAAACAUUGUGGCUAAAUUGAUAAUUUCAUAAACAUGAAUAUUUCCUUUUUAGAAGAUUGUGAUACCUUUUUAAUGGACCAAAUAAAUCAAGGUUUUGUAUUCCAUAAGCUUUCAAAACAUCACAGGUCUCUUCUUGAGAUGUAGAUGAGUUUAUCCAUUAAAGGUAGACUUGUGCAGCAUCGAAUAAUUAAUUUCUGAUUAAUUAUUUGUAACGAAUAUUAUGAAAAAUUUGCUUCCAGAAUAUUCAUUGUAUUCAUUUUUUUGGCACAUGCCUAAUUAAAAGGUAUCACAAUCUACUAAAAGGAAGAUUUUCUUUAGAACCAGUACGGCAAUAACUCUUUUUCAGUACACAUACAGAAAAUCAUUGCGUUGGAGUAAAUUAAUUCUGCAGAGAUUAUUACAUUGUUUUAAUAAUAUUUCUAAAAAAUAUUAAUCAAAAUACAAAAAAUUAUAACAAUUUGUGUACAAGUCCAUCCUUUACAUAUUUUUGUAUUAAUAUACAGUUCAACAAUAAUUUUAACCCAGUUUUUUAGUUGCAGACUGUUUCCUAGAAUCUCACCAUAAUAAUAAAUAGGGAUAUUUUUAAGAAUGAUUUUCGCUUUACUUUUGAUGGAUAAUUUUUGACCUAUUUAAAGUUAUAAAGCAAAAAGAUUUGAUUAACAGCAGCUCCUUUUUUAUUUCAUAAAAUGGGAGAGUCCACAAGCCAUCACAUGUGCAAUUAAAGUCCACUAUCAGGAGGCAAAACACCCAACAUAAUAGAGCUUUAAUCACUUCCACUUCUCCAUGUUUCCACAGUCAAUGUUUUGCCUCUAGCAUAGAGUGAUAGUGAAACUUCAGCACAAGACGGGGAAAAACUUUUCCCCGUGUGAAGCUGUCAACAUCCUCCAAGGUGAAAUAUGGCACUUCUGGGCACUUUUACAAAAGUACCUAAAGUUGAGGUACUAUCUCUAAAUGUUACGCUGUUUGCUUUUGUUCACAUCAGAACUCUGGUCUUGAUAUUUAGCAGGCUUUCAGAAAAUCAAGAAAAAAUUUACUAUUUUUUGUGUGUGCAUAUUCUCCUCUGCAGACAUAUAGGCCCCUAUUUAAGAAAGGUCUUGCGGACCUGAUCCGACACUGCGGAUCAGGUCCGCAAGACCUUGCUGAAUGCGGAGAGCAAUACGCUCUCCGUAUUCAGCAUUGCACCAGCAGCUCACAAGAGCUGCUGGUGCAAUGCCGCCCCCUGCAGACCAAUCGGCCGCCAGCAGGGGUGUCAAUCAACCCGAUCGUACUUGAUCGGGUUGAUUUCUGGCGAGUUAUGGAGCAGCGGUCUUUAGAUCUUCACAAAGGCUCUUUGAGCUGUUUAGUCAGUAGUUAGAGCUCAGGAGAUUGCAGAUAGUCCUUACCUAGAUGACAUUCUGGUACAGACUACUUCUCUCCAGAUGGCGGCUCUGGGACAUAAGAACAAAUUUCUUUAUUUUCUUCAUAUUCAUGGUUGGAAAAUCAACCUCCUGAAGAGCUCUCUAAUCACUCAAACCAGGGUUUCCUUCAUGGGUUUCAUUAUAGCUUCUGUAUCAAAAAGACUGUCUCUUGCAGAUCAGCCCAGACUCAAAUUGCAGAAGGCAUGGAAGUAGCAGGUGUCAUGGUAGCCGUGUCAGAUGCUGUACCUAUUGCCAGAUUAUACUUGCCUCCUUUGCAACUAUGAAUGUUUACAACAAUCUGUCUCAGAAUAUCUCUUUGGCUUAAAAACAAGUCAAUCCUUAACUUGGUGGCAAACUCACCAGUCUUUGGAUCAGGGCAGGGACUUCUUUUUUCAUCCAAAAUGGGAGGUAAUUACCUUUCUUUAUCUUUAGGGUUUUCCAUACUUGGUCCUUGUUAGAACAGGAGUAAUUUCUGAGCCUUAAAUAAAAAAAUGUCACAGUGGUGGCUUACAUCAAUCACCAAGUCAAUACUUGAAGCACCUUAGCAAUGUAAACCACAUUCUAAUUUCAUCACUAUGCAGCUCCUAAAAAUGCAAAAGGUUGAUUGCUUCAUAAUUUGGAUGUAGUCAGUGCAUUAAAAAAUGUUUUCAAUUGACAGAAGAAUUUAAAUUUAUUUCUUUGUUUACCAUUUCUACCAUUUCACUGGUUCCCACAAGGAACAUAAAGCUAUUACCUUGGCAGCUUGGCUAAAAAACUCACGGCUAGAUUACGAGUUGUGCAUUAGGGUAAAAAAGCAGCGUUAAGAGGUCCUAACGCUGCUUUUUUACGCCUGCUGGUAUUACGAGUCUUGAAGGUUUAGGGUCACUGCACACUUCUUUGGCCUUACCGUAAAACGACUUACGUAAACUUCGUAAAGUCUUUUUUCUAUGGGACUUCCAUAGCGCAGGUAUUACAAGUCUGUCCUGGGAGGCCAAAAAGUGAGCCGUACACCCUACCCCGUCAAGAGUUCUAACGCAUUUAAAAGUCAGUAGUUUUAUGGUACAACGCCGUAACAUAAAACUCAUAACUAAAGUGCUAAAAAGUACACUAACACCCAUAAACUACCUAUUAACCCCUAAACCAAGGCCCUCCCGCAUCGCAAACACUAUAAUAAAAUUAUUAACCCCUAAUCUGCCUCUCCGGACACCGCCGCCACCUACAUUAUAUUUAUGAACCCCUAAUCUGCUGCCCCCGACAUCGCAGACACCUACAUUAUAUUUAUUAACCCCUAAUCUGCCGCCCCCAAUGUCGCCGCAACCUACCUACACUUAUUAAUCCCUAAAGUCAUUAUAGUGUAGUGUUAGGUGUUAGUAUAACUUUGGUUAGGUUUUAUUUUACAGGUAAAUUUGUAUUUAUUUAAGCUAUGUGGUUAUUAAAUAGUUAAUAACUAUUUAAUAACUAUUCUACCUAGUUAAAAUAAAUACAAACUUGCCUGUAAAAUAAAAAUAAAUCCUAAAAUAGCUACAAUGUAACUAUUAGUUAUAUUGUAGCUAGCUUAGGGUUUAUUUUAUAGGUAAGUAUUUAGUUUUAAAUAGGAAUAAUGUAGUUAAUGAUAGUAAUUUUCUUUAGAUUUAUUUAAAUUAUAUUUAAGUUAGGGGGUGUUAGGGUUAGACUUAGGUUUAGGGGUUAAUACAUUUAGUAUAGUGGCAGCGACGUUGGGGGCGGCAAAUUAAGGGGUAAUAAGUGUAGGUAGGUGGCGGCGGCAGAUUAGGGAUUAAUACAUAUAAUGUAGGUAGCGCCGAUGUUGGGGGCAGCAGAUUAGGGGUUCAUAAGUAUAAUGUAGGUGGCGGCGGUGUCCGGAGCGGCAGAUUAGGGGUUAAUAAGAAUAAUGUAGGUGUCGGCGAUGUUGGGGGCGGCAGAUUAGGGGUUAAUAAAUGUAAGAUUAGGGGUGUUUAGACUCGGGGUUCAUGUUAGGGUGUAAACAUAAAUUUUAUUUCCCCAUAGGAAUCAAUGGGGCUGCGUUAAGGAGCGUUACGCUGAUUUUUUGCAGGUGUUAGACUUUUUCUCAGCCGGCUCUCCCCGUUGAUUCCUAUGGGGAAAUCGUGCACGAGCACGCACGACCAGCUCACCGCUGACUUAAGCAGCGCUGGUAUUGGAGUGCGGUAAGGAGCAAAAUUUUGCUCAACGCUCACUUCUUGUCUUUUAACGACGGGUUUGUAAAAACCUGUAAUACCAGCGCUGUAGGAAAGUGAGCCGUGAGGGAAAACUGCUAGUUAGCACCGCAUAGCCUCUAAUGCAAAACUCGUAAUCUAGCCGUUAGAUAUUUCUAUCCUAUUGCAUAGUAGUCUCAUGGACUUUACUGCGUGAAUAUACGAUCCCACAUCUGAUGGCUCAUAGACUUUCAUCAUCUUAUGAAAGAAAACUUUUAUGCUUACCUGGUAAAUUCAUUUUUUUUUUAUGAUGAUGAAAAAUUUAGCGGCAGCACCAGUUUGUACUUUGCUUACCCUGCUUUAUCUUUCUUACUUUUUAAAAUUUCUCUUCAUUGGCCAUAUGUAUGACUGAGGUAUCAUAUGAAAGUGGAAGGGAUUAAAACGCUUAUGUUAGGUGUUUUGCUUCCUCCUGGACUGGUCUUUAAUCCCACAUGUGAUGGCUUGUUGGCUUGGAAAAGUAUCACACAUAUAUUUUUAAUAAAAUUUUAAAUAGAUUUUAGAAUAAAAACAAACUUUAUUUUUCCUUACCAUUAACAUCCAUAAUUUAAAAUAUAAUUACAAUUAAAUGGAAGUCUGAUUAUCUAAAGCUCUCCACUCUAGUGAGAUUAUCAUCAGUACUGCAAGGUCCCUCAAAAAUUUUUAGAAAGGCAAAUUUUAGCUUGAGGGUUGUUUAUCUCUCUAUACCACUGGUUUUCAAACCUGUCCUCAAGCCUCCCCAUCAGGCCAGGUUUUCAGGAUUACCUUGGAUUAGAGCAGGUAAAAUAACCAUUGUUGAUUAUUUCACCUGUGCUCUAGUUCAGAUAUCCUCAAAAUGUUGCCUGUUAGAGAGGCCUGAGAACAGGUUUGAAAACCUGUGCUCUUUGCAGAGAUCUGGGUGUGAAGACCAAAGAUUUUGUGUGAUUUUAAUCAAAGCUAUUGAGUUUUUGAUUAUUAGCCCCUAAGGACAUAUGCAGAUGUGAUAAUUAAAUGAUUUUUAAUCUCCAUUUGCUUGAUUUGUGCAAACCUAUGAUACAUUGAUAUUAGCCAUCUAAUCAAAUGUCUGAAUAAAUCUUUUUUUGUUUCUUUUUAGUAUAUAAUAUAAUCAUGUUUAAAUGUAUUUCAAUAAAAUAAUCUAUCUAAUAUUCCUUCAUUAUAAA